AUGACGUUUAUUGCAAAAGAAAUUUUUUUUGUACUUUUAUUUACAACAGUUAUUGUAUCUGGAAGAAUACACAAGUUACCCCUAAUGGAUGAUGAACGUCAUUAUGUGGACUUGACGACAUUUGGAUUCUUCCAGGGUGGGGUCUUGGAUGUUCGCAUGAUUAAUUUUAUGCUACCCUCAGGUCCUGUUGUAGGAGAGUAUGGAUUUACACUGGACAGAACUGUGAAUGAUGCUAUCAACCCUUAUCUAGAGGCUCAUUCAGAUACAUGUUUUCUAAAAGAAAGUGAUAAUAGCAUUGUGUCACCACAGCAUCCGGCAAUAGUUUUCCUUAAAAUGGAUUUCAAGAAUUCCAGAUUAAACAUAACAUGUAAAGGAGAAGUAACGGCUCUGCAUUUGUAUCAAAACAGGACUGUUAUACCAACUGACCGCACUAAAAGACAAUCACAGUAUUUGUUUAUUAAUAGAAGGAGGAGGGCUGCUAUUGGUUUUUAUAAUAUCGAAAAAACUUAUGUCACACAAUGCUCUAAUGCAGUUCUGCCAAUAACAAAAGAAACACGUAAUGGAUUUGACUAUUAUAACACUAGUUUUGCUAUGUAUGUUGCGUCGGACAAAGAGGAAGGAUUGUACAAUUUAUACUUUCACAAUUGUCCUGGAAAGGACAAUUCUCCCACUGUUAACGUAAUGCUAGAAAUAUAUGAAAGCAACGAUGGAAACUUUUUAUCAGCGGGUGAAAUGCCACUUCCAGCGCUGUACAGCAUGAUGUCAAUUAUCUUCUUUUUGAGUGCUGGCUUCUGGACUUUCAUCUUGAAGACUAGUACGCAUACUGUCUACAGAAUACACAUAAUCAUGUGUAUUCUUGUGUAUCUCAAGGCGCUGUCAUUGGCUUUCCAUGGCAUUAACUACCACUUCAUUCAAACGAGAGGCGAGCAUGUUACGACAUGGGCCAUACUAUACUACAUAACGCAUUUGCUUAAAGGAGCAGUGUUAUUCGUAACGAUAGUGCUCGUUGGUACGGGAUGGAAUUUCAUCAAACACAUUCUAGCUGACAGAGAUAAGAAGUUAUUCAUGAUCGUAAUACCUUUACAGGUUGUAGCAAAUGUAGCUGAAAUAAUAAUAGCGGAGAGCGAAGAGGGAGCGGCGGAACACAACGCAUGGCGCGAUCUGUUCAUCUUCGUGGACCUACUUUGUUGCGGUGCCAUAUCGUUUCCAGUGGUCUGGUCGAUACGUCACUUGCAAGACGCGUCGAGCACGGACGGCAAGGCAGCGAUAAACCUUCGCAAAUUGAAGCUGUUCCGACACUUUUAUAUAAUGGUCGUGUGCUACAUAUACUUCACACGAAUCAUCGUCUCUGUGCUGAAGAUUUUGGUGCCUUUUCAAUACUCAUGGAUCGACGAGAUGUUCCGUGAGAUGGCUACUUUCGUGUUCUUCGUGAUGACUGGUUAUAAGUUCCGACCGGCUGCCGCUAACCCUUACUUCACACCUAACCAGAUUGACGAUGUCGAGCCUCAAGUAUUAUCAGAUAUUGGAGUGCUCGAAGGUGUCACUCGAAUAUCGAAUAGAGAAAAAAAACGUGACGAUAUGCAACCUCUAAUGCAGGAGACAAAUUAUAAUUCCGACUAA